UUCACAUCAGCGCUCGAGUGUCCGGUUUUCGUGACGCCUCUCUCGGCGGCAGCAGCCCCAGCGAGCAAUCGAUUCACCCUCAAACCACCAUUUGGCUUCAGCCAAGCCAGCCUGUCUCCUUCCUGCUCCGGCACCGGGGGUCGACCAGAGCUGCCCAUGAUGUCUGCCGCCGAUUCUCCGCCAACCUCCCCGUCCAUUCAGAUCUGCAGGAUCAUGUGUCCUGAUGACGCCAACAUUGUGGGUAAUGUACAUGGUGGCACAAUCCUGAAAAUGAUUGAGGAAGCUGGGUGCAUCAUUGGAACGCGCCAUUGCAAUACUCAAAACGGGGAUCGCUGUGUGGCUGCCCUGGCUCGAGUGGAACGCACUGAUUUCCUGCACCCUAUGUUCAUCGGUGAGGUGGCCCAUGUGAGCGCUGAGAUCACCUACACUUCCAAGCACUCCGUGGAGGUGCAGGUCAAUGUCCUGUCUGAAAACAUUCUCACAGGUACCAAGAAGGUGACCAACAAGGCAACGCUGUGGUACGUGCCCCUCUCACUUAAGAAUGUGGACACAAUUAUUGAAGUCCCUCCAAUUGAGUACUUUAAACCGGACCAGGAAGAGCUGGGUAAAAAGAGGUAUGAGGCUCAGAAAUUUGAAAGAAUGGAGACCAAAGAGAGGAAUGGCGAGAUCAUCACACCAGUCUCUCUCCCUGAAAGACACACAAAAGAGCCCUAUACUGUUGGAUUCAGCCAGUCAAGUCUCAUCCACCUGAUUGGCCCUUCAGACUGCACUCUGCUUGGCUUUGUUCAUGGAGGUGUGACCAUGAAGCUGAUGGACGAGGUGGCAGGCAUUGUGGCAGUCCGUCACUGCAAGACCAACAUUGUGACUGCGUCUGUGGAUGCCAUCAACUUCCACCGCAAGAUCAAGAAAGGUUGUGUGAUCACAAUAUCUGGGCGGAUGACCUUCACUAGUAACAAGUCAAUGGAGAUCGAGGUGUUUGUGGAUGCUGAUCCAUUGGCGGAAGCUGAGAAAGGGAAAUACCGGGCAGUCACCGCCUUCUUCACUUACAUUUCUCUGGACAAAGAGAACAAGCCCUUGCCUGUGCCCCCACUGAAGCUGGAAGGUGAAGAGGAGCAGAAGCGGUUUGAAGAAGGAAAGGCGCGGUACCUUCAAAACAAGGCAAAGAGGCUGGCGGAUAAGGAGCAGAAACAAUGACACAUUCCUCCAGAAAAGCAUAAUAUGGUAUUGUAGAGGAAUAUUCCAAAAUAGUCACAUACUGUCCUACGUCAUGUUAUUAAAAAUCUUCUCUCUUACUUGUAGCUGACUGGAUGGAGGGGAAAACAAGUAUAAGUUUAUUUAAAUGUGUUCAUUGAUGACUUCUGUUGUUUCACUGCUACAUAAAGCUCUGUGUAUAUGUGGAUGUUCUCUGAAACCUGAGUAUUAUAUAACGUGAAUCCUAUUUUAACUCUAAAGAGAUUUAUUUAUGAAACGCUUCAGUCAUUCUGUGUGAAAAUGGAAAACAGCACGAUGCACUAAUAAAGGCUUACGCAUGUAACCUUAA